GUGGCUGUAUACAUAUACUGAAUCGAUACGAGAUGUCGCGGACACUUCCAGAUGUUGAGGAGCCUGGCCACGCAAUGUAUCUUAGUCGAACAGAGUUUUUCAGUGCAGCACAUUGUUUACACAGCAAAUAUUUAAAUGAUGAAGAAAACCGUAAAGCCUAUGGUGUAAGCAAUAACAUGAAUGGUUACAAUUAUAGAGUGAAAGUAACAAUCAAAGGCAAGGUUGAACCUACCACUGGUUAUAUCAUAGAUCUGUUGGACUUAAAGAAAUUAAUUAAGCAAAAUGUUAUUGAUGAACUUGACCACAGACAGCUCGAUCGAGAUGUUCCUUAUUUCAAGGAUAGGCCUAGUACCGUCGAGAACAUAGUACUGUUUAUAUGGCAUCAGAUGAAGAAGUGUUUACCCGAGGGAAUAUUGCAUGAGAUCGAAGUGCACAAUUCGAAUAAUAAUUGUGUAAAAUACUUAGGAGAAUAA